GCUAGUUUGGAGGAUUAUGAAGAAACAGUAAAGAAGGCUAAAGAGGCAUGGAAGGUCUGGGCUGAUAUCCCUGCACCUAAGCGUGGAGAAAUAGUGCGGCAGAUUGGUGAUGCCCUGAGGCAAAAAAUCAAAGUUCUAGGAAGCUUGGUCUCUUUAGAAAUGGGAAAGAUUUUUGUUGAGGGUGUUGGGGAAGUGCAGGAGUAUGUUGAUGUCUGCGACUAUGCUGUUGGUUUGUCCCGAAUGAUUGGUGGACCUAUUUUGCCUUCAGAAAGACCUGGCCAUGCCCUUAUAGAGCAAUGGAAUCCUGUUGGUUUAGUAGGAAUCAUCACAGCCUUUAACUUCCCUGUAGCGGUUUAUGGGUGGAACAGCGCAAUUGCAAUGAUCUGUGGAAAUGCUUGCCUCUGGAAGGGUGCUCCUACAACAUCCCUCAUUAGCGUCGCCGUCACAAAGAUAAUUGCCAAAGUCUUGGAGGAUAACAAAGUGCCUGGAGCAAUUUGUUCUCUGGUUUGUGGUGGAGCAGACAUUGGGACAGCAAUGGCGAGAGAUGAGAGAAUGGACCUAUUGUCCUUCACUGGCAGCACAAAAGUGGGCAAGCAGGUAGCACUCAUGGUUCAGGAGAGAUUUGGUCGAAGUCUGCUGGAACUGGGAGGAAACAAUGCCAUUAUCG